AUGCGCUUCCUCUGCUUUUGCUUCCUCUGCGUGCGCUACAUCUGCUUGUGCUUCCUCUGCUUAUGCUUCCUCUGCUUCCGCUUCCUCUGCUUCUGCUCCUGUGCUUGUGCUUCCUGUGCUUGCGCUUCCUCUGCUUGUGCUCCCUCUGCUUGCGCUUCCUCUGCUUGUUCUUCCUCUUCUUGCGCUUCCUCUGCUUGUGCUUCCUCUGCUUGUGUUUCCUCUGCUUGUGCUUCAUCUGCUUGUGCUUCCUCUGCUUGUGCUUCCUCUGCUUGUGCUGACUCUGCUUGUGCUUCCUCUGCUUGUGCUUCCUCUGCUUGUGCUUCCUCUGCUUGUGCUUCCUCUGCUUGCGCUUCCUCUGCUUGUGCUUCCUCUGCUUGUGCUUCCUCUGCUUGUGCUUCCUCUGCUUGUGCUUCCUGUGCUUGCGCUUCCUCUGCUUGUGCUUCCUCUGCUUGCACUUCCUCUACUUGCGCUUCCUCUGCUUGUGAUUUUGACGCUCGCGCUUCCUCUGCUCAUGCUUCCUCUGCAUGUGCUUCCUCUACUUGCCCCUCCUUGCUUGCGCUUCCUCUGCUUACGCUUCCUCUGUUUGCACUUCCUCUGCUUCUUCUUCCUGUGCUUGCGCUUCCUCAACUUGCGCUUCCUCUGCUUGUGCUUCCUCUACUUCUGCUUCCUCUGCUUGCGCUUCCUCUGCUUGUGCUUCUUCUGCUUGCGCUUCCUCUGCUUGUGCUUCCUCUUCUUGCGCUUCCUCUGCUUGUGCUUUCUCUGCUUGCGCUUCCUAUGCUUGUGCUUCCUCUGCUUGCGCUUCCUCUGCUUGUGCUUCCUCUGCUUACGCUUCCUUUUCUUGUGCUUCCUCUGCUUGCGCUUUCUCUGCUUAUGCUUCCUCUGCUUGUUCUUCCUCUGCUUGCGCUUCCUCUACUUGUGCUUCCUCUGCUUGCGCUUCCUCUCCUUGUGCUUCCUCUGCUUGCGCUUCCUCUGCUUGCGCUUCCUCGUGCUUCCUCUGCUUGUGCUUCCUCUGCUUGUGCUUCCUCUGCUUGUGCUUCCUCUGCUUGUGCUUCCUCUGCUUGUGCUUCCUCUGCUUGUGCUUCCUCUGCUUGUGCUUCCUCUGCUUGCGCUUCCUCUGCUUGUGCUUCCUUAGCUUGUGAUUCCUCUGCUUGCGAUUCCUUUGCUUACGCUUCCUUUGCUUGUGCUUCCUCUGCUUACGCUUUCUCUGCUUGCGCUUCCUCUGCUUGUGCUUCUUGUGCUUGCGCUUCCUCUGCUUGUGCUUCCUCUGCUUGCACUUCCUCUGCUUGCGCUUCCUCUGCUUGUGCUUUUGACGCUCGCGCUUCCUCUGCUCAUGCUUCCUCUGCAUGUGCUUCCUCUGCUUGCGCUUCCUCUGCUUGCGCUUCCUUUGCUUACGCUUCCUCUGUUUGCGCUUCCUCUACUUGCGCUUCCUCUGCUUGUGCUUCCUCUGCUUGCGCUUCCUCUGCUUGUGCUUCCUCUGCUUGCGCUUCCUAUGCUUGUGCUUCCUCUACUUGCGCUUCCUCUGCUUGUGCUUCCUCUGCUUACGCUUCCUUUUUUUUGUGCUUCCUCUACUUGCGCUUUCUUUGCUUGCGCUUCCUCUGCUUGUUCUUCCUCUGCUUGCGCUUCCUCUGCUUGCGCUUCCUCUGCUUGCGCUUCCUCUGCUUGCGCUUUCUCUGCUUGUGCUUCCUCUGCUUGCGCUUCCUCUGCUUGCGCUUCCUCUGCUUUUGCUUCCUCUGCUUGCGCUACCUCGGCUUUUGCGCUUCCUCUGCUUGCGCUUCCUCUGCUUACGCUUCCUCCACUUGCGCUCCUCUGCUUGCGCUUCCUCUGCUUGCGCUUCCUCUGCUUGUGCUUUUGACGCUCGCGCUUCCUCUGCUCAUGCUUCCUCUGCAUGUGCUUCCUCUGCUUGCGCUUCCUCUGCUUGCGCUUCCUCUGCUUACGCUUCCUCUGUUUGCGCUUCCUCUGCUUCUUCUUCCUGUGCUUGCGCUUCCUCUGCUUGCGCUUCCUCUGCUUGCGCUUCCUCUGCUUGUGCUUCCUCUGCUUGCGCUUCCACUGCUUGCGCUCUUCUGCUUGUGCUUCCUCUGCUUGCGCUUCCUCUGA